AUGGAAUCUCCAAACACAUUUCUGGUGAACUCAAAGACUCUUCGGAUCGGAUCACGGUUUUUGGCGUUAAACGCAGACGAUGAACUGGAGAUUGCAUCCGUUUACGUCGUGUUUCCGAUGAACAGACGCAAUUCAGUGGUCACAACCAAUGAUUUGGGGUCGGUUUUUCUUGUGGCUAAAUCUGGCGGGAAGAGAAUAGGGAGUGUGAGGAUUUCGCCGGAAAAUGCACCUACGCCGCCGCGGGUGAGUUUUGAGGGAGUUGAAGAGUUUAGUUCGCCGGAGUUUAAGAAGAUGGUUUGUAUGUGUAGAUCGAAGAAGCCGUUGUUGGAGACGAUAGUUGAAUAA